AUGCCCUCGGUUGGUAAAUAACAUUUUCUAACAAAAAACUAACUUCUGAUAUAAUUGUCACGAUUUCCUCUUAUUUUUGAGGCUGUCCGAGAAGUAUAGAGUUUAUACAGCCAACGAUCAUCCUUACUGUGUUCUUCUGAGAAAACAAACAAAUAGACAAACAACUAUCAAAAAGUUUAGGGUCCUUGAUAUUUUCGAAAACCCUUAAGCCUUUGGUCCACACGUUAACGGUGUUUCGGGUACCAAAAAUGCAGGUUCAUGGAAAUGGUCCCCAGAGUUUAAUGGUCCGGCCGGUUUAUCCUUUUGGUGUGAACGGAGGAAAACGGAGGUUUUCGAAUACGAUGAUGUCAUACAUCAUAAAGCGCAUGCCCUGUAUGGUAUGGUUUCGUUUUUCCAUUGUUUUAGCGUUUCUGUUUGGACGGGCGAAAAUGAUUUUUCGAAAACGGAAAAAAAUGUCCGUUUUCUAAAAUAUCCGGAUACGUGUGAACGAGACCAAAUCUAAAAUUGAGGAAAAUGCUUAUGCAAGGGGCAAGGAGGUAAAUAAAAUGUAUUAUGGGCAGAAAAUGGUGAAUAAAAUGACAAAGGGCCCAGUCAAACGUAAAUAACUCAUCAAGCAAACGCUAACUUGACUUUCUGUUACCUUAUAUAGCUCCUAUUGGCGGUGAUUGGGGUCGUUGGUCGAACUGGAGCCCCUGCAGUAAAACUUGUAACGAUGGCGUCGAAACUCGAUUUCGAAGAUGCGACAACCCACCACCGGGACAUAAUAGAAAACAGUGCCCAGGCUCUUCAACCGAGGAGGGAAUGUGUAUAAACAAGUAG